AUGAUGUCUGAUGAUGGGCUUGCUUCUGUUCCUCCUUCCUUAAGAGGGUUCAUUCAAGAUCCAAAUUCUAACCUCUCAGCUUCAAACCCUAACAAUCCCAACAAUCCCAACCCUAAUAACCCUAAUUCUAAUGCUGCUAAUAAGAGGAAGAGAAAUCUCCCUGGAACUCCAGGCAAAAAAGACAGCUUCAUCACACAUCGAGCAUUCUGUGAUGCACUAGCUGAAGAGAGUGCAAGAUUCACCACAGUUCCACCACCAAAUCUGAAUUUCAGAAAUGAAUUGUUCAAUGGAGGAUUAAGCAAUCUUGCAGCAGGAAAUCCACAAUUUCCUGGAGGAUUAAUCGACCCUUUGGGAAGCACUACUCAUCAUCACCAGCUGAAUUUGAAUGGGCAGAAACCGAGACUUCCAUUAUGGUUGGACAAUGCAAAUCCAGGAGUAGGUAAUAAUAAUAAUUCAAAUAAUGCUUUCUUAGCAUCAAGCUCAUCAAGCCUUCCUGAUUUAGUCCAGAUGAAUACUCCAACAAGUAUAUUGGGACUUUCCUCACAGAACCAAUGGGGAUCUUUUCCAAGUCCUAAUAAUCCUUCUCCAUCUGGGCUGCAAAGGGUGCUCAAAGAGGAAGAAGAGAACAGAGGAGAUUUGUCGAAUUCGAUUAGUUCGUUGUAUUAUAACAGCAACCAAAGCCAGCAUCAUGAAGCUGGUGCGACUCCAGCUCCAAUGUCAGCAACAGCAUUGUUGCAGAAAGCAGCGCAGAUGGGAUCAACUAGAAGUAAUCCAUCACUGUUUGGGACUACUGGAUUUGGGCUAAUGAGUUCAUCUUUAUCAAGUCUUUCAAGCUUCAACUCUAUGAACAACAACCAACAAACCAGAAAUGAUCAGCAUCAGAUUCAGAAUUUUGGGUCAGUUACAUCUUCAUCAACAGUAACAACUACUAAUCCAGGAGAUGGGCUGUUGUUAGGGAACAUGAACACAAACAGUUUGAUGGGAAAUGUAAGAAAUAAUCCAGCAGCUCCUAAUGCAAAAUCAGGAGGGAACAAUAAUGGUAUUGAUCAAGGAGGUGGUGAAGGGAGUUUGACAAGAGAUUUCCUUGGAGUUGGAGGGAAUCAUGAUCAUCAUCAGAUUCAAAACAGACCCUUUUUGCAACAGAGUGAGUUAGUCAAGUUUGCUUCAUCAAUGAGCAAUUCAGCAAUGGAGUUUGCAAACCACUGA